AUGAUGUUUAUUAAAUAUUCUAUAUGGAGAAUUUUUAUGGUAUUGCUUUUUUUCAUAAACAUCAUUGUUACCAAUGGUAUUUAUCGAGAAAAUCUUGCAUUACGUCAUCCAUGCAAUACAAUAAAUAAACGUCUUAUAUCAUAUAUAACAUGGACAGAAAAACUUGCCAGUAGUCAAUAUAAAGUUCAAAAAGAUGCUUGUGGUCAGAUUGGUAUUGGACCAGCAUGUUGUACACAUGAAAUUAUUAAUUCUUAUGCAACAUCACUAACAAAUGAAUUUAAAAAAAUACUCGAUGUUGAAUUAAAUACUUUAACGACAUUACUUUCAAAAUCAAAACAACAAAUUGAUGCUUGGUCAAAAGAAUAUAUCACAGAAUUACAUCGUUUAACAAUAUCUUCACUUGAAACAUUAUUUGGUAUAAAAGAAUAUCGUUUAAAUAUUGAUCAAUCAUUAUCAACUCUAUUCAAUACUCUUAGUAAUAGUCAAUCAUCAGUUGAUGAUGUAUCAAAAUCAACUAUGAAUUUAUUUAAUCAUUUAAUUAUAUCAUUAUAUAGACGUUUUAUUAUAAAUAAUGAUCAAAUUAUAUUGAAUGAUAAUUUUCAAAAAUGUAUUGUAAAUAAAGCAUUUGAUAUGGAUGCAUUACCUAAACAACGUGAAUUACUUUAUAUAUUGACAAGUACUUCAUCAUUAAUUCAAAUAUUUUAUACAAUGCUCAUUUAUAUUGAUGCAGAUAUUCAACGAUUAAAAACAACAGUUACAUCAAAUUCAAAACAAUGUAUACAACGUUAUGCAAGAGAAGCAUUAUGUCCAUUAUGUAUUCAUACAUCAUCUUCGUUUAAUCAAAUCAAUAAUAAUGAUAAUGUCAAUGAAAUUUUAUGUAAAAAUGAUUGUCGAUAUAUAAUUAAGACAUGUGUCAAUCAAACAAAUGACCCAUAUAUGGAAUUUGCUUUAAUUGCUAAAAAUUAUUCUGAUAUUAUAAAAGAAAUUGAAAAAGCUGCUAUUGAACUCAAACUUGUUGAACAUCUUGCAAAAUUACAUAUUUAUUUAUAUGAUAUGGUUGUUAAUGCUACUAAUAAUCGAUAUUUAUAUAUGGAACUUCAAGCUGCUUGUCCAAAUAAAAAUAUGAAAUCUUUUAGUCCUAUACUUUCUUUACCACCAACUAUGACUGAACGACGUGAACUUGUAUUUCAAUGGAAUAGAUCAUUACAUUUCUUGCUCAAACGAACUCAAUCAUCAAUGAAUAAUCUUGAUACAAAAUUUACAAGAAAACUAACUACAGGUAUUUGUUCCAAUUCAAUUUAUGCUUCCAAGUCAGAUCGAUGUACACGAAUUGAUAAACAAACUACCAAUGUAAUUCAAUGGCCACUUCCAUCUAUCUCAGAGCUGACAUUAAAUACCAAUAAUGUAGAAUUGACACGAAAUCAACUUGAUGAAUUAAAAAAAAAGUUAAAACCUAUACGACAAAUAAUAACAUCUCUUCAACCGAAAAAAAAAUAUUCAUUAAUACAAUAUAUACCGGAUUUUGAAUCAUAUAAUGAUGAUAUUAGUAUUAUUGAUUAUGAUGCAGAAAUAUCAGCUUCAUUAGAAACUUAUGAUACAGAUAAUCAAGGAUCACUUAGUGAACGACUUUACAAUGAAAUAGAUGGACAAACUACACGUCUAUCAAUUAUUGCUACUCGUAUAUAUAUUCAAGAGAAAAAAUUUAACAAUGGUGAAUUAUUAACAUAUAAUUUAUCAUUAUAUUUAAUAAUUUUUAUUAUUUAUCGAAUUUGA